AUGUCACGCGAAAAGGCUAAUAUGAAAGGAUGCGAGUACAAAAACACUAUAUUGCACGAGAACGUGAAGGACACGACAUACGCGACUAAACGCGAUAAACCAAUACUCUCGGCCGGCAAGGAAACGAUUCAAGUCGAAUAUGAGCCCUGUUUGUUACUGCGUAAGCCACAAGUAAUAAGAGACAUUUUAGUAAAAAAUUUCAAUUAUUUCUGUGACCGAAGCACUUCACCAGAUUCAAAAGAUCGUUUAAGUAGUGCUUCAUUGGCAUUCAUAAAAAAUCCAGCUUGGAAGGUGUUAAAAUCCACAUUAACGCCGCUUUUUACUUUGAGAAAACUGAAGAUAAUGGUCGACUUGAUGUUGAAAUCCGCUGACAAUCUGGACACGAAUUUUGAAUCUAUGAGGAGAAUAUUUGUUGACUCACGGAAUAAUUUGACAUAUUUGCUGGCAGGUGAAGGGCAAAUGUUAGAUGUAAAAGAUAUAUUUGGUAAAUUAGCAACCGACAUGAUCGGCAGUACCGUUUUCGGAAUCGAAAUGAAUUCCUUGCUCGAUUCGAACGCGGAGUUUCGAAAAAUGGGCAAAGAGAUUUUCAAUUUUACCAGCAACCGAAGCUACGAGAUGCUUGCUAUGUUCUUUUAUCCGAAGAUAGCUCAUUUGGCCGACACAUAUUUUUUCGGGAAGAAAUCCUAUUUCGACUGGGAUGAUCUAAUAGCGCGAGCUUUGAUCUUUUUCACCGGCGGUUUCGAAACCACUUCAACGGCGAUGUCUUUCGCGUUAUAUGAAUUCGUAUUGCAUCCUGAAAUUCAAAACAAACUUAGGAAAGAAAUUCUCGAUGCAAUGAUUUUAUUGACAAAUCAAACGAGAAAAUUUUCAGUUGGUUCGCUACCGUAUCUCGACAUGGUGAUCUCCGAAAUUUUGAGGAAGUAUCCUGUAAUGCCGUUUAUAGAUCGCCAGACAGUGAAGACGUAUCAAAUGCCGAACUCCAACCUCCUUAUUGAGAAGGGUACGCGAAUUUUCAUCUCGUUAUUGGGUAUACACUACGAUCCUCAAUAUUUUCCCGAUCCCGAGAAAUUCGAUCCGAAACGAUUCAGCCAGGGGAGCAGAUCCAACAUACCGACUUAUGCAUACAUGCCAUUUGGAAAAGGUCCUCACAUGUGUAUAGGUUACGUGCUAGUGUGUUCGGGUGCUCAGUUAAUCGUUUCCGGUAAUGUCCGCUAUGUGUGCGCAUUUAAUCUGUCACCGUCGGCAUGUGGAGAUGAGAGCAGUAGAGGAAACGAUUGCUAA